AGGGCACUGUCACCAACUUUAAUGUCUUUCUGUCCUGAGAGAAUAACGGCUUAUGGCACAUCUUGCGGACGAGUAUUGGUGCAGUCCUACGAAGUUAUUUAUUAGAAGACCCUGGCCGUAGUUCGGCAUGCGCCCAUAUCUCUUGUUUACAUUAUUCAAUAACGGUCAACAAAAACUCCUCGUGCUUGGCGCCUUUGUCCACGCACCGAUCAUCCCACGUGCCCUUGCUAAAUGCUAUUUUAGCAAUGGGACUAUCGUUACCGACCCGAUCUACGAAGCAUGCCCCAACGUGCCUACCGUCUGUUGUGCGCUGAAUCGUUCGAAUCCUCCUGGCGGCGAUAUCGCAGAUGGGGAGACAGCUGACGAAUGCCUCCCUAAUGGCGUCUGCCAGAAUCGAUUUGUUUCCAACGGCUCGAGUUACACGCGGUACUACCGGGACUACUGCACUGAACCCAAUUGGGAGAGUGGGAAAUGCUUGAAUAUUUGCAUAGAGAAUGCUUUGUCUGUGCCUAUAGCCCCUUGUAAUAAAACGAGCACUUCGAAGAAUUGGUGUUGUGGCCCUGACCGCGAUUGCUGUUCUAAGGACAGUAAUUUACCCCGCCACCUACUUCCUGCCACCCUCGAUGUCUCUUUCUCCCCGAAUCGCGCAACCUCUACUUCCUUUGCUUCGACGUCCCACAUCUCACCACCUCUUUCAACAUCUACAUCCUAUAGUAGCAUGUCGACAUCCCUGUUAGCACUUACUGUAGCCUCUGCGUCCAGUUAUGUUUCAUUAACGCCAACAAAUGCACUCACGACGCCGAGUCCAGUUGCUCGUGGCAUUGAGCUCUCCACUAGCGCGAAAGUUGGCAUAGGUGUUGGCGUCGGCAUUGCAGCGGUCGUGCUCAUUGGCCUGGGUUUCUUUGUUGCAAAGUCUUUGCAGCGGAAAGAAAAGAUAGAUCCGACUGGAAGAGAUCAGACUCAUCGGAGCUCCACUUUCGAACUUCAGCCUAUUGAGUGUGCUCAACCGUACUACGAAGCAGGCUCGUCGACUCUGUAUGAAAUGAUGUCAAGGGAUGCGUUCGAACUUUCGGCUCUGAGCCCGCCCCAAGAGAUGCUCUAGGUUGUCCUCGCUUUUGUAAUUCCU